AGAGAUACGUUGAUUGACACCUGGAGUGUCCUGCAGUGAAGAUGUGUGUGGGGAGAUCGUUUAUAUAUAGCGGCGCGUCCGGGCACAUUGUUCAUAAUUGCCACUCUGAAGCCCACUGCGCGGCUCAAGUUGAAGGCUACUGCAGUUAGUACCGCCAGGGAUAGAACAAAGCAAGCCUUUUCGGAAAAAGGACGACUAAAUGCAUCAAUAACACGAAUUUGCUUGAAGACACCCAACUCUCAAGUUUGAACUGGUUUCAUUUUGACAUUUUGAACUAAUAUUUGGGCACAGUGCGAACGCCAAGCACAUCGGGAAAUCAUGCACUGUCAAGCCGAGUUGAGACUCUCCUCCUCCGGGCAGCUGAAAGCAGCCAGGCGUCGCUACAAGACUUUUAUGAUUGACGAAAUUCUUUCCAAGGAAACUUGUGAUUACUUUGAGAAACUUUCUCUUUACUCAGUAUGCCCUUCACUCAUCGUUAGGCCUAAACCUCUGCACUCAUGUUCGGGAUCCUCCUCACUGCGGGCCUACCCCCUUCUCUCAGUCAUCACGCGGCAGCCCCCCAACAUGCCUCCUCACCUCUCCCAGCCCUCAUCUCCCGGCCAGGUUCCCCACCUGCCCCUGCUCUCCCCCCAGCACCACUCCCGUGUCUCCGAGGCCUCCCACAGCGAGACACCUGUCAGCAUCAGCAGCGAGUCAGACACGGAGCACAGCACCACCCGACUGAAGAAACCCAGACGCAGCCGCACCAUCUUCACUGAGCUGCAGCUCAUGGGCCUGGAGAAGAAGUUCCAGAAACAGAAGUACCUCUCCACCCCUGAUAGACUAGACCUGGCCCAAUCCCUAGGCCUCACACAGCUUCAGGUGAAGACCUGGUACCAGAACAGAAGGAUGAAGUGGAAGAAAAUGGUGCUGAAGGGAGGACAGGAGGCCCCCACCAAGCCCAAGGGCAGGCCUAAGAAGAACUCCAUCCCCACCACCGAGGAGAUAGAGGCAGAGGAAAGGCUGGCCAGGCUGGCUGAGGAGGAGAGAAUGAGGAUGGCACCUGAAGAGGCCUUGGCCGACAGAGAAGCUCCCCAGUCGGAACCCCAUGACCUCAGCACGGUCGCUGGGGCUACAGAGACCUACAAUCCCACGGCGGUGAGCGAGGGUCGAGAGCAGCAAGUGCAGUCACUCCCGAUGCAGUCAGAGACACAUGCUGCCAGCUAAAGAAGACAGUUAUUCAUGUCUGAAUGAAACAGCCAAAGACUGGCGCUGACUGGAAAACAGAAGCACUUACUGUUGUGCCUCAGGAUCACUGAAAAAAGCCUGUUUGGUGUAGAUUAGUCAGUCGUGUUUGAGGUUUGACUAGAGUGGGUGACAUUCAUAGGUACGGUAGAUCAGUUUGGUUUUGCCAUAUCACUUUUGCCAUAUACUGGAAUAAAAUGGUGUUUUAAAAAGAGUUUACAUGUAGAGUUAGGUGUAUAUACAAAUGAAACAUCCAGAAUUGUACAGUGCAUUUUGUCCCUGUGUUUUUGUUUUCCUUUUAGAACAACAUUAUCACCUCCCCAGCCUCAGACCUGCUUGUUUACCGAGAGAGGACUCCUUUAGUCACAUGCUAUCCAGUUUGCCUGAGUGUUGUAGCUAUAUGUAAAUCAAUACUGUGCCACAGAUAUAACACAAAAUGACCACACUGGUCAUAGUGCCUUUUUCUCUCAGAGGAUAUAACAAGCUUUACCAGUCUAGAAACACCAAGGUUUAUUAAUACCAAAUUCAUAUCAAGUGUUCUUUAACAGUGUUUUCCUUUUGCUUAUUAAAAAGAGCAACACUUUGGUAAUGAAUUACUAUAUGCUCUGAAUUACAGUUAACACUGCCAUUGUACUUAUUUUGUCAAGCUUUGAAGGGAAUUGUAUUUCUGUCCAUGAGCUACAGUGUUGUCUUGUUUAUUUGGUCAAUUAACUUGUGUUGUGUUGCUUUACAUUGGAUAGGUUUCCAAAAAAAAAAAACAUGUCAGAUAACGAUAUACAGUACCAGUCAAAAGUUUGGACACACCUACUCAUUCAAGGGUUUUUCUUUAUUUU